AUGUCCCAGUCAACAGCACAUAAUCGGGAUCUUGAGUACGGGGGAGAAUAUGAUGCACUGAAUAGAGACUCCCCGCUGUCAAACAAUUAUGAACCUCCAACACCAACAGCUGGCACCCGUUCCAUCUACGCUCUCACUCGUGGGGAAAUUACGAGAGGCGUUGCCAAUCGUUUUGUGCAUUCUAGAGUCUAUAUUGUGCUCUACCUGGCGAUGGCAGCAUUGUCAGUGACGACAGUGGUGUUGAGCUUGACCGACGGCUGCCCAGGUCUAGCUUUCUACAUCUUGGAAAUAAUCAUCAACGUAUCUAUGAUCCUGGAAGUUGGAGUACGAUUUGUUGCCCUCGGAAAGGUACCAGUACUUCUUGCCACAUUUUUUAUCUUUGCUCACAUGGGCAUCUUCAAGCAAUUUUGGAAAUCUCCGUUUAACAUUGUCGACCUGAUAUUGACAAUAUUCUGCGCACUUACGCUGCUAGUUCUAGCUUUUGCGAAGUGCGGAGCUGGUAGUAAAGAAGAAGCAAUCUUCGAUACACUGUUGCUAGUGGCCCGUAAUGUCCUCCAAUUUGGGCGUCUUGCAGCCGUAAUGAGACAAUCCGGGCAAUCAAUCUUUUCGAGACCGAAGCCCAUAGAUAUAAAUGCUGCCCGACGGGCAGGGUUCCUAGAUCUCGAGUAUGAGAGCGAGGACGAAGUUGACGGAGAAUUGAGUAGGCCGCUAGUCCGGAACUCUGUGCUGUUCGAUGCACAAAGGCCAGAUAAUACACCAAAGACAACCACACCGAUGCCCCGCGCUGCGCAGGCUCUUCGUGACAGGGACACGGAGGAUGUGUGGGCAGAACUUGGAUAA